AUGCCGACGAGCCUGACGUCGCCUGUAGGAUGUAGCUUGGAAGUGUCGCUGCGAUUGUCGCGUCUCGCGCCCGGGCUGGCUGCUCUUGGAUCUUCGCUCGACUGUUCGACUGUUAUCCAACAGCUAGGGUGCCGCUCGGUGCGAUUUUGUCGACGUCAUGUCGACUCGAGCUGCGUUUGA